UUUUUGAUAUGUAGAUCGUCAUAGGCUAUAGUUAUUUCAUAUUCUCGGAUUGACGCCUGGCGGUAUUUUUUAUUUGACUUUUGUUAACAGUGGUGAUCCAAAAAUGUCCGAGCCAUAUUGGCAGAAGAUGGGGGACAAGUGCACAGUGGUGAUCUCCGUUUGGCAAUGGCUAAGCUACGUCUCCGACAUUACAAACUUGUGCUGGUUUCUGGAGUCGGAAUUAGCGGAAGAGAUCAGACGCUUGCAUCAUUUGGUGGCCAACACUGAAACAGAAGGUCGUUACAUCGUGGUUGGUACUGGUUCAACACAACUCUUUCAGGCAGCGCUCUAUGCAUUAUCAUCUCCCGAUUCAGCAGAGCCAAUCAACGUCGUUUCAGCCGUUCCAUACUAUUCGUCUUAUCCGGCGGUCACAGAUUUCUUAAAGUUUGGGUUCUACAGAUGGGCCGGCGACGCAUACACGUAUAAAGGCGAUCAACCUUACAUAGAGCUCGUAACCUCCCCAAAUAAUUCAGAUGGGUUUAUUUGGGAAACGGUGGUUAACCGGAGCGGAGGGAAGCUCAUUCAUGACCUGGCUUACUAUUGGCCUUAAUAUACACCGAUUACAACUCUGGUAUAUCAUGAUCUCAUGCUAUUCCCCGGUAGAUCAUGAUCUCAUGCUGGGUCACACAGCUCAUUCAUGAUCUCAUGCUAUUCUCAAGGCCGUGUCUGAUAGUUGCAGACAAGACUUCUUUGACUAUGGAAGAAGCCUCAUGGCCAAGAGAUGGGAGCAUUUGAGAAAUGUUAUUUGUGUUCGGUUGAUCCGCCGAACUCGUGUUAACGGGCUGGGUGCAUUCAUUCAGUGCACCUUAUGGGUGCACAGAACACGGACUCUCCUGUUUUGAAUUGCGCUGAAGGGUAUAACAGUAUAAUAUUAUUAUUGUUUGGCUGACAUGGGGAGGUGUUGAAAAAAAUUCAUAUAUAUAUAUUUUUGACUGUAAU